CAGAUUGAGGCUGAGGUGGAAGAAACAUGAUCCGCAGUUGCAAGUACGCUUUGAAAGAGUUGCCGUGUGAGCGCCAACAGUCAUCUGAGGGUGAGAGAAGGCGGCAUGCGUCUCAAACUCACUUGUCAGAGGGUGCCACGAUACACAUAUAUUCUCUUCGACCAAGAUCAGUUUCAGUCUCUUCAACAUCGCCUGCAAACAACCAGGCCACCUACGAUGGCGCCAAAGAGGAUUUCCUUACGCCCUACUACUCGAAACAAACGGGCCUUCGUAAUUGCAGCUUGGUCCCGGGUCAUGAAAGCAAGAUCGCAGCCCAACCCUGCCCGUCGCCUCAAGAAUGGUCUGCUUGACGUUACCAGCAAAUGCGGAGAGCAUCUCGAGAUCGUUAAGAUGAAUUCUGAGGCGCCACUGCUUCGCCUGCCGGCAGAACUCAGGAACCGAAUCUGGGAGUACACACUUGGCGGCAACAUCUUUGAUGUCGUCUUCGUCGAAACUUACAAAGGCCGGUACGUGGAGGAGAAGACAUUCGUCCACUCAAGGACUUUCAAGCCGAACACCAAUGCCCUACUGCAAGUCUGCCGACAGAUCUACAUGGAGACAGCACUCAUUCCCUUCUCACAUAAUGCAUUUCGGUUCCAAAGAUGGGAGGCGUUCGAAUGGGUCCGCCAACUCCUCCCGAUCAAUCAGGACUCGAUCAGAGAGGUGCAUAUCGAGGCCUAUCGAGCUGGAUGCGUGCUUGGCCGGUGGUACGAGAACAGCGACGAUUCCUCUAUGCCAGAGACGUUCCCUCUCGAGGUCUUCCCAAAGGUCAAGAGGAUCGUCCUUGCAAUCGAUAUCUCGCUCAAAGACGACUUUCUCACUGGAUUUGGGCUGAACGCGGAAGAGCGUGCUCACCGUGUCGAAGAGUUUGUGGGCAAAUUCACCGAUUACAUAAAGGAAGCGAAUCCCAACGCCGAGCUCGUCUUCGAGUUCCCUAGCAUGGACCCCCGUGAGCAUGGCUACGCGGCAUGUUAACUACAUCCCGACGUCUUGGAGAGCGAUAAAAAAAUGCGGAUUGGCUGCGGACUUCAUUGCUCUGAUAGGCAUGGCCUCACGUGCUAUUCUUUUUCUUCGUCAACAGCCACUUGAUGGCACAGUCAUUUGGGUUAAUUUCCUCUGAAUAUCGGUUCGUAAACAUUAAUGACUCUUUUCACUCAC